AAAUCUCUCUCCGACAUUCUAAAGAAGAUAUACAUUUAGAGGUCAUUUGUUUCGAAAAUGGCACUUUCGAAACCGAAAAUUCCAGGCACCGCCCAACACUUUCUAGAGUGUGGUGUUGAAGAUUGUGAGAGAAAUUGUGAAUUCUACUGCAAUUCCUGUCAUCAACAGAUGUGUAAACAAUGCAGAGACAACCAUCUGAAGAUUUCAGAAAACAUGAAUCACGAGGUGGUCCUUUACCAACAACGUAAACGACAACUUCCUGUGGAGAAAUGCAAGAUCCACCCCACUAAAGAUAUUGAUAUUUUCUGUGAAGAAUGCAAUGUUCCUUUAUGUUCAAAGUGUUCAACAAUGCAAGAUCAUCGGGGGCAUCAAUUUAUUGAUUUAGAAAUUAUAUACACAGAGAAAUUUGAAAUUUGCCAAAAGGAACUCUCUAAAAUCCAUAAUUACUUUGUUCCAACAUCACAGGAUUUACAGAGAGAAGUUCAGAAAGAUGCCAAAGAAGUUAAACAGAUCAUGGACAGCAUACGGACAUCCAUGAAGGCUGAGGCCGAGUCUCUCAAAAACAUGGUGGACACAGUGCUUUCAGAAAAUAUGGAAGAAUUACACCGAAUGGAACAGUCAUUACUAGUGAAAUUAAAGAGCCAAGAGAAGAUAUUCGAUGAUUAUAUUGCCUAUCUCAGUGACCUUGUUAAAGAGUUUCAGAGUUACCUGUCCUCUACUACUCCUACUAAAUUCACAGCUAAACUUCCGGAGAACUUACAAAUAAAAUCCAUACCAGAUACCACAAAACCUGACAUACCAGAAUUUUGGUCUGUUCUAUACAGCAAAAAUGAUGUUGAUAAAUUACUUGGAAAGCUCACUGUAACAAAAAGAAAGGGAGAAUUAAGAAGAGUAAAGCCAAUGGAAAUUGCUUCUUUUUCUAAAUCAAUGAAAUCUGCAAGUGAACAGACAAAGCAGGAUAAAGACGUGAAAUCUAACAAGAAACAAACAUUGUCUCUAUCUGCCUCUGUCACCAUGGUAAGGAAGUUCAAUGUACCAGGUGUUGAUGAUGUAUGUCAUGUAUCGCUAGAUCAAUCAGACAGACUCUGGAUCAGUGACAGUGAUGGUAAUCUUGUCCAAACAGAUCUACAGGGAAAUGUGAUACAGAAAAUAAAAACCAGUGGAAGAUCGCAAGGUUACCACACGGUCACACGGGACAGGGAUCUGAUCUUUACAGACAAAGUCAAGAAAGUCAUCAAUAGAAUAUCACAGAAUAAUGAUAUCACUGAAUACAUCAAAACUGGAGACUGGGAACCACUCAGCAUACACUCAUCCAUCAUUAACGGGGACUUUCUGGUGGGAAUGAGGAAGGAUGGAGAGGCUAAAGUCACCAGGUACAACAAGACAGGAAAAGAACUACAGAACAUACAGAGGGAUAACAAAGAACAGGGACUGUAUAAAUAUCCACUCUACAUCACAGAAAACUUCAAUGGAGAUAUCUGUACAUCAGACUUUGGUAAAGAUGCAAUAGUGGUGGUGAAAAAAUCAGGUCAACACAGGUUCUCCUACACUGGUCAGGAGCCAGGAUUCUAUCCCUACGGAAUCUGUACUGAUGUCCUCGGUCACAUCCUGGUGUGUGAUAGUAUCUAUAACACUGUUCACCUCCUUGACCAGGACGGCCAGUUCUUGUCUCUAUUACUCACACAACAACAACGGGUAGAGUGUCCCCGAAGUGUGUGUGUGGAUGAUGAAAACAAUUUCUAUGUGGGACAAUAUGACACCAACAAACUGAUGGUGUACAAGUACCUAAAGUGAUUAUAAUUCUGUCCACUGUACAUAGUUAUAAAACUUAAAUUUGUGAUUUCCAGCACAAAAAUGCAUAUCCUGAAUAGUGUUCCCUGUAUUGAACAUUAUUUGAACAAAUUGUACAUACUGUAAAUUGAUUUCAAUCAAAUUAUGACUCAAGUUUCAGUAAAAAAACAGUUUUAGUGAAAUGCUUAUGCUCAGUAAUUAAUUCAUGCUUUACAACGAAGCGAUUUAAUUUUAAUACUGAUGCUUUUAAAACAUAUUGUUAUCUUAAAA